GUAGGUAGGUUAUUUUCCUAUCAAAGAAUUAAAUUACAAGUUCAUGGAGUCGGUGAAGGUCCUAUGCUCUUUUGCGUAAUUUGAAAACAAAACCUAACAGUAACACCAAGUAGAGCUUGUUUUCCAUUCCAUCUGCACCGAACUGCGGUGUAGUGUUUGUUGGUGUCUUGAGCAUGGCGACGCAACUGAGCGAUGCGGAACUCAUAACCAGCUUGCAAGCCAGGGUCAAGGAAUUAGAAGCUGAGAAUGCAAAGUUAUUGUCCCAACUUGCUGAUUGCCGCAGUCACGAGAUGGAGAAAAAAGUAUAUGUCCCUGAUGAGAGAGGCGGGAAAUCAAAAAAAGGCAACAGGAAAUCUGAAGAGAAGAUAGAGAAAAUGCCAGGCUAUAACACAAGGUUUAUGAGUCAUCAUAGCAGGAGAUAUGUAGCUUUAAAAGUCAUGUACUUUGGAAAAAGGUUUUAUGGUUUUGCUUCAGAGGCACAAAUGGAACCAACUGUUGAGUCUGAACUUUUUAAAGCUUUUGAGAAAACAAGGCUAUUGGUUGGCGAUAAGAAGGAAUCACAGUAUUCAAGAUGUGGUAGAACAGACAAGGGGGUUUCCUCUGUUGGACAAGUGAUAGCUCUUUUCCUAAGAUCAAACCUCAAGAUAUCUGAAACAAAUAAUGGAAAUUCUGGAGUUGUUUUGGAUGAGCAACAUGAAGGGGAAAUAGAUUAUGUUAGAGUGCUAAAUCGUGUCCUUCCAAAUGACAUUAGAAUUAUGGGCUGGUGUCCUGCUCCUGUGGAUUUCCAUGCAAGGUUCAGCUGUUUAAGCAGGGAGUAUAAAUAUUUCUUUUGGAAAGAAAACUUGAACAUCCAAGCCAUGGAGAGUGCUGGAAACAAACUUGUAGGAGAACAUGACUUUAGAAACUUCUGUAAAAUGGAUGCAGCAAAUGUGCACAACUACAGGCGGCGCAUCAAGUUGUUUGAGAUUUCUCCUACAGAUGUGAGGUACAAUGAUAAUCAACUUUGGGUGAUCAAGAUAAGAGGUAGUGCCUUUCUAUGGCAUCAGGUUCGCUGCAUGGUUGUUGUUCUAUUCAUGGUUGGCAAAGGUCUUGAAUCUCCAAAUGUGAUUGAUAUCCUACUGGACACUGCUAGGAUCCUAAGGAAACCCCAGUACACUAUGGCUUCAGAGGUUCCAUUGGUUCUUCAGUCCUGUGAAUUUGACAACAUUAAGUUUAUGUGUUCAUCAGAGGCGGGAGAAGCGUUGCAUGUACACUUGGUGAAUGAAUGCCAAAUUUACCAGCUUCAAGCUGCAAUCUUUCAUGAAGCUCUUCUUAAUUGUGUGCCUCUAUCAAAUGAUCAAAGCUUGCUGCAUUUUCAAGGAUCCAAGAAGAAAGUUUCCCAUGUCCCUCUUAUGUCACGACCAACUGAGCCAUCAUAUGAAGAACGCCGAGCCAAACUCAACACAGUUGCAUGAAGAUUUCGUUGGUCAUCUCCAUUAUAUAAUCUGUUUGGGUCAGCAUUUGUAAACUUGAUUUUGGAUGAUCAUAAUUUUGUAAAAUUGAUUUUGGUUAAAUCAAUAUGAAUUUUAUUGUUUUUGUCUUUCAAA